AUGUCGUCCUGCUUCGGAUUCCGCAAGUCAAAGUCCGACGAUACACAGCCUCUGCUACCCCAGUACCGCGAUGACACAGUCCUUCAGCGUGAGCUUCAUCAGAAGCUGCACUCGUAUCAGAUGAUUAGAGCCCUGGCCGAUGGAUACAUGCCCUCGAAUGAACAGCUGGUCAUCAACCUCAGAUCCUUGCUCUCUUCUGAUGUCCUGAACCCCACCGAUCCAAACCUUAGUGACUCAGGAAGACGCCUUGCCAAGUUCACAAAACAGUGUCUGAAAGACUUUAUCGAGUUGCUUGUGCACAAGAACAGCGAUGACCAGAUUCAAGAUUUCAUUUGGUCAUUGACCCAGUCCAGAGUACAUGUCGAUGUACAGGAUCUAGCAGAGAGAGCAUCCACAGCCCAGUCGAAGGCCAAGACUGCUGCUGCUUACCAAAGCCUGCAAACGGUUGGAUCACUCCUUCUCACAAACUCUGAUUUCCGUAUAUUCCUCUCUGACUUGAACACUGUUGGUCGUGAAAUCUUCAAGGAUGCUGCCUUCUCUCUGUCAAAUGUUGCAGAAGAGGCAGGCAAGAAGAUUGAGCCAUCGCAACAAGAGCAAGCCAAGCUGACAAAACCCGGAGCUGAUUCCGGACCUCCACCCUCAGGCAAGGACCUUGGAAACGACGUUGCAGAUGUCUCCAAGGUUGUAGCGAAUGGAGUUGCUCAGGUCGCUCAAGAUACUGAGCAAAGUGCCGAGGAGAAACUCUCUGGUGAUGAGGGUCAGGUCAUGGUCAACCGUCUGAAGCAGGCAGUUAUGCAACUCAGAAAGCGCCCCGAUUACAACCAAUCCGUCUCGACUCUUUCAACUCUCCUCAAGCGUUAUGCCAUUGCUUACUCACGCUCGGUUGAGGAGACUGUUAAUGCUCUGGAGGAGGAUGUGCAUGAGAAUGCCGCUAUGGAUAAGGCUGGUAAGAACUUCUGGUCUCUGCUCUCAUCUUUCGGCGACCCUGAAGCCUGGAAGAAGCUUGAGGAGGCAUUCAAAAAGGUUGUUUCGCACUCCGAAAAGGAUCCCGAGUUUGAGAACCUCAUGGUGGACAUCGGCAAUUCACUCCAGACUCUUCUUACCGACCCAGACUUCUUCGACACUGCCCGCGAGAAGUUUGAGGAGCUACGCGAAAAGUCUCGCAAGGUCGGAUCUGAAUCCGACCUUCGUACCGAUAUCGAUAUCUUCCUUGGACAGCUCCAGGAGACUUUGGUUUCUGUCUUGCACGACGAAGACGUGGCCAAGCUCAUGCAGCACGGUCUCCAGAUCUUCCGCAUUCUGUCGCCUCUUCACAACGCCACAAAUCCGGAGCUUAUUACUGACGCCAUCAACAUUUUCAUUCCUCUCAUGAUUGCUGCUGUCCAAUACGUACCCAUUCCUCGUGUGGAGAUCAGCACGCCCGACAUUGAUCUCCUGCUGGAGAACCUGAUCAUCGAGCCUGGUAAGACAGUCAACCACUCCUCGUUCUUGCCUUAUAAGCUGCGCGUGGAGACCUACAACGACUUUGAGAUUCGCAAGGCCAGAUUCCGUACUACUUCUACUUCAUCUCAUUUGGUGACCAUCAAGAUCGAUGGCAUUUCUGCCCGUGCUGAGGAAGUUGGUUUCUGGAUGCGCGCACAUUCGGGUCUCUUCAGACUAGCUGAUGAGGGUAUCACAUCAUUCGCCCUUGAUGAGAAGGGUCUGGACAUCCACCUCGAUGUAGAGGUUGCAAAGGACAGAAUGGAGUCGAUUCUCAGCUUGAAGGCUGUUCGCGUUAAUGUUCACAAGCUUGAUUAUACCUUGCGCAAGAGCAAAUUCUCCUGGGUCGCUUGGCUCGUCAAACCUAUCCUUCGACCCAUUGUUCGUAAGGUCAUGGAGAAGCAGAUUGCUACCGCUAUUGCAGACGCCUUGCACACAGCCAACCGCGAACUUCUCUAUGCACGCGAGCGUCUGCGUGCUACUCGCAUCGCCGACCCCAACGACCUCGUUACCUUCUUCAAGGCAAUCGCAGCCCGUCUGCAACCCGAGGAAGAUCCAGACCUCUACACCCGCGUUGGUAUUGCUCAGCCUGGCAAGGGCGUCUUCAAGGGCAAGUACGCACCUGGAAGCGUGGUCAAGCUUUGGAACGAAGAGGCCGCUCAUGCCGAGGAGAGGAUUCUGGACGGCUCGGAGGUCAGAGGCUGGAGAAACGAUGUCUUCAACUUGUUGGCCGUCUAA